AUGAACGACCCGUGGGAUGUGAAAUCAGUGAGACAAUCCAACCAGUACAUGUCGUGUAUGAAGUUAAACGGAGUCCCACUCUUACCGCCCGUUCUUUCGAAAGAAUGUUACUUAGAGAUGCAAUAUUAUAAGCUCCUGGCCAAAGAAGUUGAGAAAAGGAUUCAAAAGUUAAAGCCAUAUGUAGUGGAAAGUGAUUCCGAGUCCAGUGAAGAUAGAACUGAUGCACCGGAGCUUCCAGAGUCAGAACAAAGUUACGACGUGUCUCCUGAUGCCAUAGAAGCUGAAUUAAAUAGCAUUUCCACCCAUCUCUCAACAGAGAAAUGUCUGGAAGAUUGCAACAUUGUCCGAGUGCAGCCCGUCAGCAACACAUAUGACAAUAUCACAUCCAACUUUUCAAUGGAUUCUGAAAGUGCAUCAUCAAAACUUUCAUCCAAAUAUGUCAUAGACUUAAGUUUGAGUAUCAAGGAAACUGAUCGAAACAUAGUUGACAGUGUAAAUACUUCUUACACACCUAUUGAGAUACCUGAAAGAGACUGUGAUUAUUCCUCCAAGAAACCUAAAGCGACUGUAACUGAACUUAAAGAAGAAAAAUGUCAAGCAGCAGAUCAGAUAAACUUCAGUGUCAGCAUUAAAGACACACAUAUAGAUGCAUUGAAUAUAUGUCAAGAAGAUCCUCCCUCUCUAAGUUGUAAGAGUUUCACAGGCUCCCUUAACAAUAUUCACACGGAAAGUGUCAAAGAAGCUGAAAUAAAACCUCUUAUCAGACAAAGAUCAUACACAGUCUUAAUACCAAGCCCCAUGUUGUUGGCUCACCUGGAGGUUCAGUCAAUAAAUACAGGGAUGGAUAUCACAUCGAUCUCGAUGAGUGAGUCCAUGUCGAACAUUAGUAACACUAAGAAAAGGAGGAGCUGGGAUCUAGAAACAGCCAAAGUGAAAUGGUCCUCUAUGGCCUUGGAACUGAAAGAAAAAAAUAUAAAUAACAACGGUAAAGCUGCAAACUCUCGGAGUGUUUCAUCGAAACCUGUCACUAAGAAAGUAUCGCAGGCUACUCCGCAGAGACCGAGAUCAUUGGCGCAGGAAAGAAUAAAACGAAGUCCUCCCAAGACUACCAACAAGUCUGAACCAGUACAAAGACCGAGAAAUUCAUCUAGUCCGGUUAGGAACACUACUUUACAAAAACCUGCAAAACCAAUAAUUCCAAAUAAAGUUCCACAAAAGACUGAAGUAGAAACACAUAAUAAAAAUGAUACGUCAGAACCAGACCCCGCGACACGGGUCCGGGAACUGUAUGAUAAGAUACAGAAACAACAGCUCAUACAGAUGGCGAACCUCGUGGAGAAACAGAAGAAAGAACAAAUGUUACUUCAACAGGUGUUUGAAGAACAAAACAAUUUGUUGUUCACGCAACUCAAAACGAUAUGCCCGAAAUCUCCCAUAGAUGUCAAAGAAGCUUGGGUCGAUCACAGUAAAGAAGACGGCAGCCGCGGGCCGGUCAGUUUGAGUCAGCUUAUAAACCAGAAGCAACCCGAGCAAUCACACAGCAGUCCAGUGCCGUCCACAUUGAUAGAGACCAAUAACUACAUCAACUACUGUGACAACGUACUCAAGAAAUCGAGAGACUUAAAAGGGAGCAUAAAGAAGGCCGAAGACAAGGACGUCAGCAAGAGUCAUUCUUGUCAGCAGGUUCAACGACCCCGGGCGUGUUCCCCGACCCGCAGGAACACUCCUACAUCGAGAAAACUAACCUACGACAACAGCGGCUCCUCCGACAGAGAUAAGGACCAGCUGACGGACCGCACCAACGACACUAUGGCUGACAUACUGAACGUCACCUUCCCUUCAGACUACAGCGACGAGUGUCCGCCCUGUGUGAGCAAUACGACCAUCACCUGCCCGGAGACCAGGAGUACGGCGGGGUCCUGCAGGUCCACUGACAGGGCGAUCAGGAGUAUGGAACAAACGAUACAGAACUCCAUCAACAGUAUGUCCGGCAGACGGAAGAUGCAGCAGUGGAGAGAGCCGACACCUCAGGAGCGCGCGGCAGCUACAAAGAUAGUGUCGUAUGCUAAAGGCUACCUAGUCCGUCGUCUGAUGAGCACGGAGCGCGUGCAGGCCACCGUACAGACUAUCAAGGACGCGCUGCUGUGCGCGCUGCAGCUGCACCAGGAGCGGGAGGGCAUCCGGGGCGCGGACGUGGACCUGCACCGGAGACUCAUACAACAGAUAACAGCCGCGUGUUACUCCCUGCACGAUACUUUUAUCACCAGCACGUCAUCGGAGCGCUGUGCCUUGAUCGCCGCUGACCGCAGCCGGCGUCGCUCGCUAGCAGCCCGCCUUCCAACCCCUACACUGACACCCACCCCCACACACAGACAUCGACACACGGACGUUAUGUCACAAAGUCACAGCGGCGCCUUCCCGUCGCGCAUCAAGCGCCAGCCUCCGUCGAUAAUGACUCAAUCCAAUUAUGGUAACACUCGUGUUGGACUCACUCACUUACUGAAUGAUCUGUGA